GGCGCGCCACAGCGCCCGGCCACCUUUUUGUUUUUUGAUUGGUAACAUUAAUUCUGAUGGUUUUAUGUUCUCGGAGGUUUAAUUAGUUCCACUGUAUUUACCUGAGUUUGACUUUCAUGUCACUUUUUUACAUUUCUGAAAUAGGACCUUUUUUAAUUAAAAAAAAAAUGCUUUCAAUUACACAAACCCAAGCUUUGUUAUCCUAUUGGGCCUACUUAUUAUUCAAAGUAGAGGAACAUUAGGGAAGGGUUCACUGUAUUCAUUUAAAAUCAGGUUUUGGGAGAUUUAAUCACCAGGUUGACACACAAAUGGGCAUUUAGUGUGAUAUUAAGAUAGUAUUAAGUAGGGUUCUGUGCUAGAAGAAAUUGUCAUGAGACCAUAAUUGUGGUUAAGACUGGGCUCUAGACUCCAUCACUUACUGGCUCUGCCAUGUUGGACUGCUUAGGAAAGUUCUUGUGCCUCCGUUUUACAUCUAAAUUGUGAUUUAAAAAAAUGACUAUCAGCUGAUGUGAAGAGUAAGUGAAAUAAAAUGAGGAACGAAUUUGGAUAGUGCCCAGCAUAAAAUUGAGCACUCAAUAAAUUUGGUGUUUUUCAAUCUUUAAAGCUCCAUAAUGUCAAAUAUUUUUUUAAAGCUUUAAUGCAAUUCACAAUUUUUAAACAAGCUUCAGAAUUUUACAAAAGGUGAAAUGACUUGUCCAAGACAACAAAACGAUCUGGUGAGAGGUGUACUAUACAGAUCUCUGGAAUCCCAGGUCACUCGUAUUUUUCGCAGCAUCAUGCAGUACGCUUGAGCAACUGAAAAAUGUUUUUAUACCAUAUGAAAACUAGUUAGCAUGUUGCGUUGAUUUCUUAUCAAGUUAAAUCUUUGAAAGAGAAUUGAUUUGAUUUUUAGCCCUCUGUAAUUCUUGAAGUUAAACACCCCAGGAUGAAGCUGUUCUUUCCCGCCAAAAUUUGGGCACGCCAAGUCCAGACUUUACGGCUUUUAGGAAACCUGUGGGUAGCUCUAUGGCCUUGCGAAGCGGCUGCAGCACAGCUUUAAGGCACCUUCUGCCUCCUUUCUUGCUUGCAGCGGGCUGGACCCAGCCCGUUUUGGUUGCUACAGCAACUGUGUGGCAGGCGUCAUCUGUCGCUAGGCGCUGUGCACUUCGCAGCAUGGCCGUUCUCUAUUGGCCGAGGUGCCCGGGGUUGGAGGAAGAAGCGUCGGCAUUGGCUCAGCCAGCGCCGGUUGGUAGCCUGAAGGAGGAUUUGACUGAGAAACCGACGGCGCCGCUGGCCGCUGUGCCCCCGAGGUUGAGGGGACCAGGAGUGGACAGGAGGGAGGGCGGGACAGGCCGAGACUGGACGGGACUCCCCGAUCUGGAGCAGCAGGAAUGCGAUGUUAAUUCUGAGGCAUUGAUAUGUUUUACAAUGCCUGAUCAAGACAAAAAGGUGAAGACCACAGAGAAGUCAACUGAUGAAAAACAGCAAGGAAUCACCAUCAGGGACUAUUCAGAUCUUAAAAGACUUCGGUGCCUUUUGAACGUUCAAUCAAGCAAACAACAGCUUCCAGCCAUUAACUUCGAUAGUGCCCAAAAUAGCAUGACGAAGUCUGAGCCCGCCAUCAAGGUGGGUGGACACAGAGUUCGAGGUCAGUGGCAUGAGUCCACAGAAGCUGUUGAACUUGAAAAUUUUAGUAUAAACUACAAGAAUGAGAGAAAUUUCAGCAAGCAUCCCCAGCAUAAACUAUUUCAGGAAAUCUUUACAGCCUUGGUGAAAAAUAGACUCAUAUGCAGAGAGUGGGUUAAUCGAGCCCCAUCUAUUCAUUUUCUGAGAGUGUUAAUCUGCCUGAGGCUACUAAUGAGGGAUCCAUGUUACCAGGAAAUACUCCAUAGCUUGGGUGGGAUUGGAAACCUUGCUCAGUACAUGGAGAUUGUGGCCAAUGAGUACCUCGGCUAUGGGGAAGAGCAGCACAGCGUGGACAAGCUGGUCAACAUGACGUAUAUUUUUCAAAAACUUGCUGCUAUCAAAGACCAAAGAGAAUGGGUCACCACAAGUGGAGCCCACAAGACAUUAGUAAAUUUACUUGGUGCACGAGAUACAAAUGUUCUGUUAGGUUCCCUUCUGGCUCUGACUAGUUUAGCAGAAAGUCCAGAAUGUAGGGAGAAGAUAAGUGAACUCAACAUUGUAGAAAAUCUGUUGAUGAUUUUACAUGAAUAUGACUUGCUUUCCAAAAGACUGACCGCGGAGUUGCUGCGCCUACUUUGUGCCGAACCCCAGGUGAAAGAGCAGGUGAAGCUCUACGAGGGGAUACCUGUUCUCCUCAGUCUGCUCCACUCUGACUACUUGAAGCUGCUCUGGAGCGUUGUCUGGAUUCUGGUCCAGGUUUGUGAGGACCCCGAGACCAGUGUGGAAAUUCGCAUUUGGGGAGGCAUCAAGCAGCUUCUUCACAUUUUACGAGGAGACAGAAAUUUUGUUUCUGAUCGUUCCUCCAUUGGAAGCUUGUCGAGUGCAAAUGCUGCAGGCCGAAUCCAGCAGCUUCAUUUAUCAGAAGAUUUAAGCCCUCAGGAAAUACAAGAAAAUACUUUCUCUCUUCAAGCAGCCUGCUGUGCUGCCCUCACUGAACUGGUGCUCAACGACACCAACGCCCACCAGGUGGUACAGGAAAAUGGUGUAUAUACCAUAGCAAAAUUAAUUUUACCAAAUAAACAAAAGAACGCUGCAAAAACUAAUCUAUUACAGUGUUAUGCGUUCAGAGCUUUGAGAUUUCUCUUUAGUAUGGAAAGAAACAGACCACUCUUUAAAAGACUUUUCCCCACGGACUUGUUUGAGAUCUUCAUUGACAUAGGACAUUAUGUCCGUGAUAUCAGUGCUUAUGAAGAAUUGGUAUCAAAGUUGAAUUUAUUAGUGGAGGAUGAACUGAAGCAAAUUGCUGAAAAUAUUGAAAGCAUUAAUCAGAACAAAGCUCCUUCGAAAUAUAUAGGCAACUAUGCAAUUUUGGAUCAUCUUGGAAGUGGAGCUUUUGGCUGUGUUUACAAGGUUAGGAAGCGUAGUGGUCAAAAUCUUUUAGCAAUGAAAGAGGUCAAUUUGCAUAACCCAGCAUUUGGAAAGGACAAAAAAGAUCGAGACAGCAGUGUGAAGAAUAUUGUUUCUGAAUUAACAAUAAUUAAAGAACAGCUUUAUCAUCCCAAUGUUGUACGUUAUUACAAAACAUUUCUGGAAAAUGAUAGAUUGUACAUAGUUAUGGAGCUUAUAGAAGGAGCCCCACUUGGAGAGCAUUUCAGUUCAUUGAAGGAAAAACACCAUCAUUUUACUGAAGAAAGACUAUGGAAAAUAUUUAUACAGCUGUGUUUAGCUCUUCGGUACUUACACAAGGAGAAGAGGAUUGUCCAUAGAGAUCUGACGCCAAACAACAUUAUGUUGGGGGAUAAGGACAAAGUAACAGUUACUGACUUUGGCCUGGCAAAGCAAAAACAAGAAAACAGUAAACUCACGUCUGUUGUUGGAACAAUCCUGUAUUCUUGCCCUGAGGUCCUGAAGAGUGAGCCGUACGGGGAGAAGGCUGAUGUCUGGGCGGCAGGCUGCAUCCUUUAUCAGAUGGCAACUCUGAAUCCGCCCUUCUACAGCACCAACAUGCUCUCCUUGGCUACAAAAAUAGUGGAGGCGGUAUAUGAACCAGUGCCAGAAGGUAUCUACUCUGAAAAAGUGACAGAUACCAUCAGCAGGUGCCUCACUCCUGAUGCGGAGGCCCGUCCAGAUAUUGUAGAAGUCAGUUCGAUGAUAUCCGAUGUCAUGAUGAAGUAUUUAGACAACUUAUCUACAUCCCAGCUGGCCUUAGAGAAGAAGCUGGAACGGGAACGGAGGCGCACCCAAAGGUAUUUUAUGGAAGCCAACCGGAAUACCGUCACAUGUCACCAGGAGCUGGCCCUGCUAUCUCAUGAAACCUUUGAGAAGGCAAGCUUGAGUAGCAGCAGCAGUGGAGCAGCCAGCCUGAAAAGUGAACUUUCAGAAAGUGCAGACCUGCCCCCUGAAGGCUUCCAGGCUCCCAGUGGUAAGGAUGAAGACAGGGCCUGUGAUGAAAUCCUGUCAGAUGAUAACUUCAACCUGGAAAACAUUGAGAAAGAUAUAUAUUCAGAGCUAGAUGAUGAAUUGGACAUUUCGGAUAACUCCAGCAGCUCCAGUUCAAGCCCUCUGAAAGAAUCUACCUUCAGUAAGCUUUAUUUAUAAGUUUGCUAUUUGUGGGAUUCUGACAGGUAGUGGUUUGGGAAUCAUACCUGAGUCAAGCAAGUAUCGCCAUAUAUAUAACCCAGUUGUUUUUUUUCCAGGUGUAAUGCUAAUUAAGACAGGUGUGUCUAUCUCUAUGACAGAGCCCAAAGGCCAGACCGCACAGU